CCCGCCUGCGGAAGCCCAAACCGGGCAGCGAGAGGAAGCCGAUCACCCUGAGGCAGCGCUGGAUCCUGCGGGCGCUGGAGUUCCUGAGGCCGCACAUCGUCCACCGCCGACACGACAACACUUCAUCUGAUAAGGCGGAGGACACAGAGCCGGAGCCAGAGCCAGAGCCGGAUGAGCUGCAGGAGGAUCCAGAGCGAGAGAUGGACAGCUUCGACUCCAUCAGUGUGUGUUUGUCUCCGAUGCCCAGCACUCCAGACACGGGUCUGCCGGAGGAGUGUGUGUCGCCCCGCAGCUCCUCCAGCAAGCGGCACCGCAGCUCUGAGUCCGACAUAGAGCUGCAGAAGCUGGAGGUGCUGAAGCAGAUGUCCGCUAAAGUGCUGGACAAUCCUCCGUCUGACGCCGCUGCCGUGUUCGCCAGCCAGGUGGCGAUGGAAUACCGGCUGCUGAGUGACCCCGCAGUGCAGAUGCGCGUACGCCGACAGAUCAUGAGCGUGCUUUACGAAGCACAGGACGCUGAAAAACGCCAGCGGCAGAACAAGAGGAUGGAGAGCCGAGGUCUGAAGACCGAGCAGGACGCCUGGAGCAACAACAUUAUAUAGAGUACAUAUAGUGUCCUCAUCCUGGAUCAACACUGAUGUAUAGCUAAUAUAUAGUGUCAGUCAGCCUUGAUCAACACUGACAUAUAGACGAUAUAUAGUGUCCUCAUCCUAGAUCAACACCUGAUAUAUAGACAGUAUAUACUGUCAGUCAGCUUUGAUCAACACUGACAUAUAGACAGUAUAUAGUGUCAGUCAGGCUGGAUCAACACUGAUAUAUAGUGUCAGUUAACCUGGCUUGGCACUGACAUGUGGACAGUAUAUAGUGUCAGUCAGACAUCCUCCUUCAGAUGCUCUAGUGUCCUUUUCUACGCUGUACUGAAUAUUUUUCUUAGUGGAAGUUUUGAGUAAGUCUGUGUGAGGAAAUAAACUGGUUUCGUCUUUCAGA